CCCAGUGUCUCCUUCUGGUCUCAGUGGCGCCACAACAAGUGGGGGCGAGAAUGAGCAUGAGGACCUGGAGCAGGAGUGGAAGCCUCCAGACGAGGAGUUAAUCAGGAAACUGGUGGAUCAGAUCGAAUUCUACUUUUCCGAUGAAAACUUGGAAAAGGAUGCCUUCCUGCUAAAGCACGUGAGGAGGAACAAGUUGGGAUAUGUGAGUGUUAAGCUACUCACAUCCUUCAAAAAGGUGAAACACCUUACACGGGACUGGAGAACCACAGCACAUGCCCUCAAGUACUCGGUGACCCUGGAGUUGAAUGAGGACCACCGGAAGGUGAGGAGGACCACCCCUGUCCCUCUCUUCCCCAAUGAGAACCUCCCCAGCAAGAUGCUCCUGGUCUAUGAUCUCUACCUGUCCCCUAAGCUGUGGGCCCUGGGCGCCCCGCAGAAGAAUGGGAGGGUGCAAGAGAAGGUGAUGGAACACCUACUCAAGCUCUUUGGGACCUUUGGCGUCAUUUCAUCAGUGCGGAUCCUCAAACCUGGGAGAGAGCUGCCCCCUGACAUUCGGAGGAUUAGCAGCCGGUACAGCCAGGUGGGGACCCAAGAAUGUGCCAUCGUGGAGUUCGAGGAGGUGGAAGCCGCCAUCAAAGCCCAUGAGUUUAUGAUCACGGAAUCUCAGGGCAAAGAGAACAUGAAAACUGUUCUGAUUGGUAUGAAGCCACCCAAAAAGAAACCUCCCAAAGACAAGACCCACGAUGAGGAGCCCACUGCGAGCAUCCACUUGAACAAGUCCCCGAACAAGAGAGUUGAGGAGCUUCAAUACAUGGGUGACGAGUCUUCUGCUAACAGCUCCUCCGACCCCGAGAGCAAUCCCACGUCCCCUAUGGCUGGCCGGCGGCAUGUGGUCACCAAUAAACUCAGCCCUUCUGGCCACCAGAAUCUCUUUCUGAGUCCAAAUGCCUCUCCGUGCUCAAGUCCUUGGAGCAGCCCCUUGGCUCAACGCAGAGGCGUUUCCAGAAAAUCCCCACUGGCCGAGGAAGGUAGGCUGAACUGUAGCACCAGUCCUGAGAUCCUUCGCAAGUGCAUGGAUUAUUCCUCCGACAGCAGCAUCACUCCCUCUGGCAGCCCCUGGGUUCGGAGGCGCCGCCAAGCUGAGAUGGGGACACAGGAGAAGAGCCCCAGAGCGAGUCCCCUGCUCUCUCGGAAGAUGCAGAGUGCAGAUGGGUUGCCUGUGGGGGUGCUGAGGUUGCCCAGAGGCCCUGACAACACCAGAGGAUUCCAUGGUGCACACGAGAGGAGCAGGGCCCAUGUAUAAAUACCUUUUAUUUUUAAUACCGGCUCCAUUGAAAACCACCUGUUUUCAAGGUUCUGAUAAA